AUGGUUUGGGAUGGGGAAGAAGUGAAGGAAGGAGAAGAAGUUAGGGAAGAAGAAGAAGUCAAGGAUAAAGAAGAAACUAUGGAUGUGGAAGAAGUUAAGGAGGGAGAGAUGAUUAUUAUGGAUGGAGAAGAAGUGAAGGAAGGAGAAGAAGUGAUGGACGAAUAA